UCCAGCUGGGCGUUCAGUGUGGUUCAGACGCUCUGAUCCCUUUCAUCUAGUUUCUUUUUUUAUUUGCUCAGACAGCCCCGACAAUAAGCAGCCAUGGAUGCCAUCAAGAAGAAGAUGCAGAUGCUCAAGCUCGACAAGGAGACAGCCUUGGACAGAGCUGAGCAGGCCGAGUCAGACAAGAAAGCAGCCGAGGAAAGGAGCAAACAGCUUGAGGAUGACCUACUGGCACUGCAGAAGAAGCUGAAGUCAACUGAGGACGAGUUGGACAAGUACUCUGAAGCCCUGAAGGAUGCCCAGGAGAAACUGGAGGUCGCUGAGAAGAAAGCCGCAGAUGCUGAGAGUGAUGUAGCUUCCCUGAACAGACGUAUCCAGCUGGUUGAGGAGGAGUUGGAUCGUGCUCAGGAGCGUCUGUCCACAGCGCUGACCAAGCUGGAGGAGGCUGAGAAGGCUGCUGAUGAGAGCGAGAGGGGCAUGAAGGUCAUUGAGAACAGGGCCAUGAAGGACGAGGAGAAGAUGGAGCUGCAGGAGAUCCAGCUGAAGGAGGCCAAACACAUUGCAGAGGAGGCUGACCGCAAAUACGAGGAGGUGGCCCGUAAGCUGGUGAUCAUUGAGAGCGACUUGGAACGUACAGAGGAGCGCGCUGAGAUGUCUGAGAGCAAAUGCUCUGAGCUUGAGGAGGAGCUGAAAACCGUGCAGAACAACCUGAAGUCUCUGGAGGCCCAGGCAGAGAAGUACUCGCAGAAGGAGGACAAGUACGAGGAGGAGAUCAAGGUUCUUACAGACAAGUUAAAGGAGGCUGAGACUCGUGCUGAGUUCGCUGAGAGAUCAGUCGCCAAGCUUGAGAAGACCAUUGAUGACCUGGAGGAUGAAGUCACACAUGCUAAAGAAGAAGGCCAGAACAUAAAGCAGAUUCUGGAUCAGACUCUAACGGAGUUGUUUAACAUUUGACCCAGCUCUGUUCAUCUCCCCACGUUGCCUCAUCUGCUCUGAGUAUGGCUGGCUCCCAUAUACGGCUGCUACACAUAACGUUGGGCCUUGCAUUUAUAUGUGUCCUCUGACCUCGUCAUCCUGAAGAAACGAGCUCUACACAAGGUAGCACACGUGGCUUCGAUGAGCUACAGUCAAACUACACUGUUUCCGUUACACACUGUAAUCAAAGGUCAGUUAACAUUCACUGUGUAUUGUUAAAGUUUACAUGUAUAUGUUGGGAGAAUUUGCACUUUUUGGGGGAAACAUACUGCACAUAAUCAUAGUCAACAAAGCCAUAACUUAAGCCAAGGUUAUAUAAAAGGGACUUUUAUUAUGUAUACUUUUGUAAAGUUGCUUGUGUCUUUUGUUUCUUCUGUAUUGUAAACCUUUUUUCAGUGUCUGUGAUGUUGUACACUUCCAGUUUAGCAAGGAAGGAAUUCUUAGCACAGUUCCUUGAACGUAUUCUCUUGAUCAGCUAAGUAAUAGAAAUGUUUGCACACUGUAUUCAUUUUCCUGUUCAUUUUGAGAAACUGAUUUGUUUGAUUUCGUCGUUCUCAUUUUAUAUUGGAAAUGUAAAGAACAUGAAUAAAUGGUUGGAUCAGUAUA